AUGAAAAUUAUUGAAUUAGUUCUCUUCUUGGUAUUGUCAUGCCCCUACAAAUCAGGCCGUGGUGUUUAUAGUAGUGACGUACCGAAUUUAACUGGGACCAGAUCUGGUCCAACUGCAACCACAACUACCACACCAGCAACCGCAACUACCACAGCAGCAGCAAGUACUACUGCCCAAUCUGCUGCUAACAAGGUAACUCUUAACAUUGAUAGGAAGGCAAGCACAGCUGAAUAUGACUAUAGGAAGGAUGCUGAAUUCCAUAAAUUCAAUGCUAAAUCUGGCAACGUGUUCAACAAGGUCAUGGAGGACAAGAAACUUGUCUGGGAAUCUGAUGGGAAUGUGUUUGGAACUAUGGUCGGUACCAACGGUGACUUUUUAAUCAUUCUCCUUACCGACAAGUUCAGAAUGUUCAUUAAGUCCAAUGGAGAUUGGACUGAUAUUACUAGCCCUAACAUCUUCAAAAUUAAGUUCCUCACUGCCAAUGACAACCAACUCACGUUUUUUAAAUUCAAAUAUAUCCCGGGCGAUCAAUCCCAUGAAAUCAGGUUUAAUCCUGGUUCCGAGUGUCACAAGAUUAAAUAUGAUGGUGUGAUCGUCUGGAAUCCCAGUGGAGACCCCAAAUUUGGACCCAUCAAGUCACUCAAACUGGACCUCAAAAAUAACAAGUUAACAAUCAUUAACCAUGAAGAUGUGGUUAAGGAACUUGAUCUCAAAAGUAACAAUUUAACAACUAUUAACCAUGAUAAUACGGUUAAAAAUCUGAAUCUCAAGUCUGCUAAUACUAUUAAUCAAAAAUCUCAACCUGAAAUCGAGGUAGAUUAA